CCUAACAAACACCGACGCCCACGCGAAAUGGCUCGCUUCCUUAAACCCUUACCCCUUCUUCGCCGCUCCUUCCUUUCCGUUCCCGGCAGCCACCCCUCCGCCUUCGACGAGAACCUCCUCCGCCUCCUACGCAACGAGAUCUCCUACCUCUCCGCCUACCUCCGCCCUCGCCCGCCGCCGCAGCGCUUCAGGUCGUUCUCCAUCGAGGACCGCCCCGGCGAGCAGUGGAUCCGCCUCCGGAGCAAGCACGGUGAUGAGGACGUCAAGGUCGACGUCACCAUGUUCGACGGCGCCGCGCCCGUCCCCUCCGCUCCGAUCGCCGAGAAGGUGAAGGCUUUGGAGCGUGGUCCCCGCCUCCACAUCAGCCUCAUCGUUGAGGUCUCCCGGGGCGAGGCCUCCGACUCCGUCCUCGAACUCAUCUGCUCCGCUUGGCCCGAUUCGCUCGUCGUUGAGACGCUCUUCCCUCUGCACCGGAAGGUCGCUGUCUUUCGCCCAUACUUUGGUCGCAACUUCAAGAAUUUGGAGAAGGAGGUGCGGAGGCAGGUGAUCUCGUAUCUGGAGGAGCGGGGGGUGGACGACGAUCUCGCGGAGUUCUUGCAUGAGUAUAUGACCAACAAGGACAAAGUGGAGCUCCUUCGAUGGUUGAGGAUCGUCGAGUCUUAUGUCCUGAAGUAGAGAGGUUGAACACCUAUUUAUUGAUCUUCUUCUUGCGACUGCACCUAACAAUUACCUCUAUUAUUCUGUACAAAAUCUCACUGGCCUAUGUUAACCAGUUAAAGAAGUUGUCUUGAGACACCAUUCCAUGGGUGAGUUUGUCUUUUGGAUCACUAAGUUGCUCAGAGGGACUGAAGUACUUUAAAUAAUGUUGAAGAUUAUGUUAUUGUCUUGACUCUGGGAUUUUGGUGAGUAGAAUGAUCCAUGUCAAACAUUUGUUUCUGCCCUUGUCAAGUGGGACUCCAGUUCUGUAUGCAUGUUUAGGAAGUGUACAUUUUGCUAUAUGCUUAAUAAAUGUUGGGCGUUUUGGUCAUAAGCAAUUACAAA